UAUCGUACGCCGGUCACGUGAUGUACGGGUCCAUUUCAACGUCGGUGUUGCCUUUCUAAACUUGUUAUUAGAAGAAUUCGUUUUCAUUGACGAAUAAGUUGGGUUUUUUCCGAACUAACGACAAAUUAUUUCAGAAAAGAGAAUGAAAAGAAUUGGAAACUGACUUGCACAACGUAAGUUGGAGUUACUUUGCAAGAGGGACAGAACCACAUGGUGUCAGCCGAUUUUUUGUGUGUAUGACUUCUACACUGAACACGGGUGUUAUGGAGGUACCUGGUGCGGAAAGGACAUGAUUACUGGCAGCUUAUUUCGAAUUUUUACCUGGGAAGAGGGGAACAAUGAGACCUGUAAGUGCUGCUACAACCAGACUGUUCCUCAGGCAGUACCGCUUCAGACUCCUGUUGUUGGCAGUCAUUAUCACUCUGACGAUAGUCACCAUUACAAGGAGAGAAGAUAACCAUGGAAGCGAUGGUCGCAUUGCUGAGAUUACGGAACAGUUAAAGGAUGAUUCUUCACUAUAUGUGGACAGCCGGAACGCAGACGAGAUCUACCGUAAUGUCACCGUCCUAUGUUACAUCCUCACCAUGGAGAGAAACAUGGACAACAGGGUGGUAGUAGUGAACGCCACAUGGGCUAAAAGAUGUAACAAGGUGCUCUACCUGCUGUGUACCGACCGGAAGGGGCGUGACAUUUUGUCCACGUGUUCUGUAGGGGAGAGUAAGGAACAUUUGACAGGCAAGGUCCGAUACACUCUUAAAUAUAUGUAUAAACACUACUUACAUAAAUAUGACUGGUUUUUAAAAGCAGACGAUGAUACCUAUGUGAUAAUGGAGAACCUCCGGUAUCUAUUAUCACAUUACCCCACCAACAAGGCGGGGUAUCUGGGUUAUCACUUUAAAUUGUUCGUUAACCAAGGCUACAUGAGUGGAGGAGCGGGCUACGUGAUAAACAAACAGGCCCUCAAGCAGCUUGUCGAAGUUGGGUUUUCACAGAACCAUUGUCUUGAAGAUGGAGGAAACGAAGAUGUGGAGAUAGGCAAGUGUUUGCAGGCCUCGAACGUUUCUGUGUUCAGUUCUUUAGAUAAGUUCCAAAGGGAAACAUUCCAUACCGACACGCCGUGGCAGCACACACUCGGCCUACAGCCGAGCUACCUCGACAGAUACUCCACUAACCACGUGCACAGGGGUGCAGAGUGCUGCAGUCAAUUUCCUGUCACGUACCACCACCUUGAUGUGGACAACAUUAUAUUUUUAGAACACAUGCUUUACAGGACUCACGUGUGGGGUAGACACGGCAGGACAGACGUAAAGGAUCUUUUUCCACCUAAAAGUGUUCGACCACAAAACAAACACCUGUUACAAAGUGAUGAUACACCAUAGACGGAGAACAGUACCAUACAGAAAAAACAGUGCCAUGUUACAAUUUUACCUGCUGAUAUUCCGUUAUGGAUGGUUUCUCGUUGACUUUCGGUAUUAUUGAUUGAUUUUUUAUUCUCUUUGUUCAAAUACAGCUCAUGUCAGAAUUCCAGGAGUACGACCCAUAAGGCAUUUCAUUCUUGUUUUAGUGUGCUUCAAAAUCUCAUUUCGGACGGUGGAUUUUAAACUGGAAAAAACUACUUCUAUGUAUGAGUGUAUAUUGUUCGAGUUAAUAAGGUAACACAGGAAUUGUCUCCCCUCGAAUCGUUCAGUCAGUAAGUGUCCAUCAACUUACAGGAAUGGUGUCGCUGUUAAAAGCAGUUUAAAUGUUUAUUAUGGGCCAACACUACGCAGAAACCAUUUAUUGUAAUUAUUUAUCUUUUUAAUUUAAUUUUAUUGGCGGUAUUAUGGACAGUUCAAUACUUCCUUGGUAGCAGAAAACCUUUAUCCUUUUAAUGCUUCAAAUAGCGAAACAUGGCUGAAAAACAGCGAUUUACCUACUUGAAGUUUUUGUAAUAAUGCCGUGUGCCAAAAAGAAUGUUAAUAAACAUGUGCCAGCCAUACUUACCAGUUACUGAUAUUAAUACAGAAUGUGCCACUUAAAUGUUAUUUAUAAACUAAAACAAUUUCAUGUACGGGUUGAUAUAUCAGAGUUAUUAUCCCCUGUCUAAUCAGGGUUUAUUCUUGAUUUCCGUUAAAUAACGGAUGGAAAUAAGCUGUCACAAAACAGAAAAGACUGACAUACACAUGCUAUUUUCGAUUCGUUUCCAACUAUAACGAAGUUUGACUGAACUAUUUGAAUUUGAAUUUCAACAUGUUAUCAUUUUUGUUCUUUUUCCCUGAAAACAUACUGCAUUGUAUUCUUUAAAUUACUCCAAGCCAAGUAAGGUUAUUAGACAACAUGCGGGAAAAACGGAUCGCGGACUUACAUUUAGAUGUUGUUUAAUUUUACCUCGAUUUGUAUAACUGUGUAAACUUGUUUUUUAAUGAUACUUCAUAUUUAAUAUGAUUUUAUUAUAUCUAAUGUUUUCGCAUGCUUUUUUUACAUUUUAAAAAUGAUUUUUGAUGUGAUUUUUACUUUGUGAUGUUUCAAAAACAUCAAGGGGAGAUCAUUUGGUUCAAUCCUCUUGCCGAGACAAAUCAAAGUCCUUAAAAUUGGUACGUAGUAUCUGGCGGUUAUAAAGAUGACCGAGUGACGUGGUACCAUGUCCUGGUUAUAACCAUUCAGUGAGACGUCACUUGGUAGUCCUUAAGGAUCCCUGUCCCAGUGUACUGUGUUUUGUCCUAUAUACAGCUACCUCCCCUUAACUUCCUUAAGGAUCCCUGUCCCAAUGUACUGUGCUUUUUCCUAUGUACAGUUACCUCCCCUUAACGAUCCCUGUCCCACUGUACUGUGCUUUUUCCUAUGUACAGUUACCUCCCCUUAAGUA